CACCAAAAGUUUUGUUUAUUUACUUUUGCAUUGCGUUGCGUUACGCAACUCGUUUGACAGAGGGCUAAUUUUUUGUAACAAACAUUAAUUCAUCCGGUAAAAUAUGGUGGAAAAAAUAAAAGCUGGUGAUUUAUUUUUGAGAUUGAUUUAAUAAAAUGGCUGCUGACAAAGAAUCAGAAAUACCAAGAAUUAUUGAGAAACUAACUACUACUGGAAAGAAGACUUUAGAUGAAGAUUUAAUGAAGAAACUUAAAAGCAUUUGCAAAGCUUCAGACCGGAAUGUAAAUUAUUGUUAUUAUGCUCUUAUGACACAGCUGAGGAAGGAGCAUUCUGAAAUUCGCUAUUCAGUCCUUUUAAUUAUAAAUGAACUUUUCUGUAGAUCGUCUGUUUUUAAGAAGCUUCUUAUAGUAGAUUUUGAAGAAUUUCUUGAGCUUGUGGUGGAAUCUAACCCAGAAAAACCCUUACCUUUACCUCAACCAAGGGCUAAAGAAAUGAAAAUCAAAGGACUGGAAUUUAUACAGAUGUGGACUAAUAAGUUUGGCGAGAAAUAUACUCGUUUACAGUUAGCUCUUAAAUUCUUACAGAAUUGUAAAAAGGUGGAUUUCAAUGAUAUGGAAGCCAGGAAUGUGGCACAAAGAGAACGCCAUCGGCAAGAGCAAGAAAGACUUGAAAGGAUUCUAAAUGAAAGGAUCAGUAAAAUUCAAUCAGAAAUGAUAGAUGUAAGUGAUGAAAUAUCGAACAUCCUUAUGCAGAUGGAAAAUUGCUUUAGGUUAUUAGUUCCACAUCCUACUGAAGAUUUAUUUUCUAAUGAUGAUUUUGAGAGUGAUAAUAAUCUGAAAAGUAUAGAUGAGCAUGAAAUUGAGCCUGAUAUCUCUGAUCAAGAUGAUGAGCCAUCCACUUCAAAUUCUUUAAGGCAGCAUGGCAUUUAUGAUAUGAAAAAUACUAUUACUAUUGAAGUUAAAGAUAGAUCUGCAGUUGCUGUUAAAGCUAAUGAAGACACUAUUCCCAUUAUUGAUAAUUUAAAUGAUUUGCAGAAACAAAUGAGUUCUAGAUAUUACCCUUUGGUAACAAACUGGUUAAAGACACUUACAAAAGGAAGUAACUGUACUGAUACUUUAAAAAAGGCUAUUGAUUUAAAGAAUUUAAUGGAGUCUGCAUUACAGAAAUACAGAGAACUUAACAUAAAAGCUGAUAUUUCUAAAUGUGAUGAUGAGGAAGAUGACGAUUUUGUUGAAGUAAAAGACAAGGAUGGGUAUGAAGAAGAAUCAGUUAAAGCACCUCCUGUUAAAAAAAUUUCUGAACCGAGUUGCUCUAGAGAACUUUCAUCCCUUGAAAAAGCUUAUAUGUGGAAACUUAAACAUUCUGAAGAUGAUGCUAAUGAUCCCACAUCUGCUGCUUCAACUUUAAGUAAAAGAGUAAUCCACAGUAAAAUAGAAAUCCCAAGUUUGAGUGAAAGUAUGGCUUAUUUCUCUGAAACUAAAGAUGAGAAGACGAUGCAAAAAUCGAAAUUAUUAGAAAAAGCACCUGUUUUACCAUAUGACAUAGAUUUAUAUCAUUGGGAGGAAGAGAAACCAAUUGUACCUGAAAGAAUUAAAUUUGAUUCUCUUCAUAAAUUUUGGGAAACAAAAGAUGAUGAUAAUGAUGAAAAUGAAGCUCUAAAAGAAUUUCAAAUAGCCAGUCUGAGAACACGGAAAAUUGACUUCAGUGGAAAAUUUGAACCUGUGAAAUGGUCCUGUCGAGCUCCUUUGCCUAGUGGGAAACUUUGUCCUCGCAGGGAUCGAUAUAAAUGUCCUUUUCAUGGGAAGAUUAUUAAACGUGAUAAUGCUGGAAAUCCUGUUGAUACAAAUGAUGGGGCAGGUCCUAGCACUUCAACUCCAUCUGUUCCUGAUUGGCAAGAUCCAGCUUUACUAAGAGAUAUUGAGGCUGCGACUGGUAUUAAUUUAAAAAUACAAAAGAGAGGAAAAGGAAGAAAAUCAAACAAAGAGAGUGGUUUAACAAAUAUUAAUAAAUUGAAAACUAAUGCUAGGGACAGACUAACAAAGAAAAUUUUAAAAAGGUACAAACAUUAUGCCAAGAAGCUUGAUGAUAUUGAGAGAAAGAAAUUUAAUGACAAAUUUGGGGAUCAGUGGAAUUACUACUGAUUAUAUAAAUUAUUUUUGUAAUAUAUAUUGUUAAUUUAUAAAAACAGAAAUAUGUAAUAUUAACGGAUCUUUGUAUUAUAUUGAUGGCUUUUUAUCUAUUUAUUUAUUCAUGUAA